AUGGCUCCCUCCAACGAUGCCGUGUUCCUCCGGCGCAACAACCAGAUCCAAGAUGCCAUUGACGGGCAGAAUUUGAAACAGGCCCUGCAAUUGAUCGAGAAGCGCAUAAAGAAAGGUGAAGACACACGGUUUCUGAAGGCAUGGAAGGCGCAUGUCCUUUUCCGCAUGGCGGACGAAGCUCACCACCAGCGCGGUAUUGCGGAGACUCUCGAGGUCUGCAAGGCCGAACCACCGACUACCGAUCUUGAUACCCUCGACAUCCUGUUCCAGACCCUGCAGAAGAUGGACGGACAUGCUGAAACUCGGAGUAUGCUGUGGGAGAAGGCCGCGAAGGCGAAGCCCAAGGAUCUGGAACUACAGAUGAGAUGGUUCCAAUCUGCUUUCGAGGAUGAUGACUGGAAGUCAGCGCAGAAGGCUACUAUGAGUCUCCAAAAGAACUUCCCCCGGGAGCGGGCAUACUAUUUCUGGGCCAUCUUUUGCACUCAUAUGCUUGCGACUGAUACCAAGAGCUCAGAAAUGGACCGCAAGCUGUUUGGAACAUUGGCGUACCGCAUGAUUGCUAAAGCGGCUGCUGAUGUUCCCACCGAUCCGGACCAGUUGUUGAGUCAACCUCGAGCCAUCCAAAAGUCCGAAGAAGUGAUGUUGCUAGUUAAGAUUUUCGAAUCCCAGCAGCGGUUUGACGAAGUUGUGAAGAUCCUGGGAAGUGAUAACGUGGGUAUCAGCUCGCGCAUCUUACAGAAUGAUAAGACAUUCCUUGCUAGCAAAGCUAAGAGUCUGGAAGCUGGGAAGCUAUGGGACGAUGCGAUCACUUUUGUGAAAGAGCUCUACACCGUCCCCGAUGACGAGGAGAAGCGGAAAGCUCUCCCGGAGCUUGAUGAUUGGGUGAUCUGGAACCUGUUGGUUGAGGCCGUGAAGAAUAUCGAUACUCCUGGAACUGCUGCUGAAACACAGAGAUUCGUUGAAAGCUUCAUGGAAUUCCAACCCAAGUCCCGAAAUGCAGCCCUAGCCCGUCUUGAUAUUAUCACAUCUGCCAUUGAGAAGGGUGAAAUGACUGUGGAAGAUAACUUGCUCCCUGCCUGCCAGCAGUACAUUGACCAGCACAAGGGUAAGCUGUAUGCAUUCAGUGACCUUCGACGAAUUCUGGCCGGCAAUAGAGAUGCAAUGGCAAAGAUGCUCAAAUACCUGUCCGAGGGCAAGCAUGAGGGCAAAAAUGCCGUCAAUGCUAUCAUCAAUACUCUUAAGCUGGAAUACUGUCUGAACAUUUCAGGUGCCGAAGGCAAACCUUCCCAGAAACUGGUUGAAGAUUUCGUCGCCCGCUGCCUGAAUCAAUACAAAGCUUCUGCCAGCGGUGAGAUAGAAAAGGCUGGUGCUAAUGGGUCGUCUUCCACGAUUGAGAGCAAGUCCACCGAUGACCUGUGCAUUCUUGCGGCCAUGGCCAUUUUGAGUGAGACCAACGAGCAAUCGCUUGUUUCGCAUACUUCUGUUCUCCGUGCUAUCGCAAUCCUUGAAAGCCUUCUCCGCGAUUCGCCCCACACCUACCAGGCUCUCCUGCUUGUGGUGCGCAUUUACCUUCUCUUUGGAGCGGGCUCUCUUGCCUUUAGCAGCUUCAACAAGUUGUCUGUGAAGCAGAUGCAGUAUGAAAGUGUUGCUCACAAUUUCUUCACCCGACUUUCUACUAUUCACCCCCACUCAGCACCACCAACUGAAGGCGUCGAGCGUAAGGACUUUGACCCCCAAGCAGCAUUUGUUCAGGGUCUUAACUUCUUCCGUAAUGCCGACAUUACUACCAUGAAGUUCCGAACCCGUGGUCUGGAGGAAGGAAGCUACACAAAUGUGGAAGAGAUCGUCGAGCUCCGACAGCGACUGUCAAACAGUAUUUGCCGCCGGAUGAUGGCCUUGGAUGUGCGACAGGCACAGAGACUGGUGGGAGGAGACCCGAUGACUCGGUUCGAGGAGCUCGCACUUAAAGACACGCCGAUUCAUGAUCAGCGUGAAUACACGUCAUUUAUGGACUGCGAAUUCCCUGGAAAGUCUAGCUUUGAGGAAAACGUGCGCCCGGGGCCUAUCCCCAAGGCCAAUUGGCUCGCCUCCGCCAGGAUUACGGAUCGACUCUUCAGCGUGCUGAAGGGUAUUUCCAUCCAGAAGCCAUUGACCCCCGAGACCGAUCUUCCCGACCUCAGUGCUUUGUCCAUCUCGGAUUCCAAUGACCAGACCGAGACCGAGAAGGAGAACUCGAAGAUCCAUGCCGAGCUGCUCAAGGUGGCGACUUACAUGGCUGGGUCCAAGCUUACCACCUCCGAGCAAGCCGAUAAAGCUCUUGGAGAAGUGGAGGACUGGCUGAACUCGAAGAAGAUCAGCUUGACUCUGAAUGAGUCCCAGAUCUCUCCUCUUAUUCUUUCCACUUCAGUCUAUCUCCUGGCUGAUAACCCAACCGCCCCAACUUGGGAAUACCUUCACAACAUCUUCACCCUUCUCGAAACUCUCAAGGCCCUAUCUCAAUUGGUUACUCUGGCUUCUCGCAAGGCUUCCAAGUCUGCAAAGCUGUCAAAGGAGCGUGUUGAUAGGCUAUCUGACUUGGUGCCGCAAAUUUUCGAGCUUAUUCGAUCUAACACUCGGAGCCUGAAGCAGCGCAUCUCUCGAUCGGGUGUCUUGAGUACAAUGGUUGACGUUGUGGUUCAGGGACCCUCAUCUUCGCCGCACAGCAAAGAACUUCAGGCGGCAUUAGAAGCUACUUUAGACAUGUCUGAUCUUGAACUUUUCUGUGGUUCUUUGAUGGAGAGUUGGGAGGAGGCCCUGGACGGUGUGAUGAGUGUGAGGCUGUGA